GCACACCGACUCAGUGACUCGUGACUCGUGACUCGUGACUCGUGACUCGUGACUCAGUCCCAUUUUCUUUCCAGAAACUGAAAGAAGAAGAUGAUGACGAUGAAGAGAGAACCAAUGAAGAAGAAGAAGAUGUAUGGCGGUGAGUUUCCAGAUUACGGAGCAAUUUUCAUGUCUAAUCGUAAAACUUUCCACGAGUGUCUACGCUCAAAGCUCUUUGGACUCCCUUCUUCUUUCUCCCAUUUCGUAGAUCAAGUUCGAUCCGGAAUGGUUCUCUUCCUCUUCGAGUACGAGCAUAGAAGACUCCAUGGCGUCUUUCAGGCCUGUUCCGAUGGUGAGAUGAAUAUCGUUACUCAUGCAUACAAGAAGUCAUCUGGAAAGCUCUUUCCAGCACAGGUUCGUUUUAUUAGGAUUUGGGAUUGUUAUCCACUUGAUGAAUCUGAGUUUCGUGUUGUAAUUGAGGAUAACUACUUUGAAACUUCCAAAUUCAAAUUUGGUUUGUCUCAAGAUCAGGUCAACAGGCUUCUAUGGUUGUUUGAUUCUAAAAGAAAGGAUGUGGGCAUUUCCAAAAUGUUAUCAUGCAGAAGAAAAAGGAAGUUGGAUUAUGAAUUUGAAGAUGGAGAAGUGGUGGAGAAUGAAAGGUCCCCAUUCUGUAAGAAAUUAUCUUCUGGGAUAACUGUUGUAAUGUGGAAUGAAUCAGAAAGCAGUCCAGUAGUGGAUUAUAGUACUACCAAUGUUUGUGGUUCUGUUUCCAGCUCGCCUGAAUCCCAGGUGUCUGGACUUAGUUCCAGCUCUGGUAGAUGUAAAGGUGGCAGUAGUGAAACUAUUGUAUCUGAGAAGGCACCAGAAAGCUUAGAAGACUCUUUGAAAGAUGUUGGUAGUACUGAAGAUCUUGGAGAUUUUAUACCAUUGUCAUCUCCAGACAAUUCUGAGUUUGAAGUGGACUGUGUGAAGAAUGACCAAACAGAGUUUUUGUCUUCUCUUAAACUGAUUUUCCCUAUGACACUUUUGAAUGCUGAAGAUUUAGGAAAGAAGAAUAUAGAUGUCGAAUUUGCUACACCAAAGCUAGAUGGAAUGCUAUCUGAAGCUGUUCCUUCACCAAAGGCAGGUGAUCGCCAGUCAAAUGAGGGGACUCCCGAUUCAUUGGAAGUGAAAACUUUGUAUUCUGAUGCUCAAGACAAAAGAUCUAGUGUUUUUUCUCGUUUGAACUUUAGUUCAAAAGUCAUUGAAGAAGAUGGGGACAGUGAAUUUAAUCUAAUACCUGAUGUAGAAGAAAAAGAUACAACAAGAGGAGUUUACAGCGUACAAGAAAUCAUGGACUCAUUGGUGCAGAAGCACAAUUCAUGGAAGAAAUUCAAGCCCAAGAAUGUUUACCUUAAACAAGAAGUAGUGGAUUCUGGGGUGAGGAAGAACAAUGUCUUUUCAAGAUUGUCUUGGGUUUCUUGUGAUGAGACUGAACAAGUUGGUUUAGUUUGACACUUUGACAAGCUUUUGCAAUAGGUACAUCUAGGUAAGUGAUUAGUAAUGCUAUUUGUCCUAAUAAAAUUGGGUAUCCCAAUUUUCCGACCACUCAUAGUGCCACGUGACUUGGAAUAUCCAAUUCGAUCUAGACUCACCUAAGGCACUUUUGGCUAUGUAAUUAGUGUUGCUCUGGAAAUAUAACUUGCUUUAUCAAUGGUUUAAUUGAUGAUAAUGACAAACUAGGUUAAGUUUAGUAUUGUGUUGCUUUGGAAUGUAAAUUUGGUUAGUUUCAAUACAACUUGUUUGAAACAGGUUUAGUU